AUGAUUGCUAAGCUCCUUCUUGCCGCCUCCCUCUUGUACGCUACUUACGCUGCCGACACAUGCAUUCACUGCAUCUGUCUCCACGAGUCCGGAUGCAAAGCGAUUGGCUGUGAAAUGGACGUCGGAUCUCUGUCCUGCGGUUAUUACCAGAUUAAACUGCCCUACUACGAGGAUUGCGGCACGCCUGGCCGCAAGAGCGGUGAAGACCUCACGACCGCAUGGAAGAGAUGCGCCGACGACUACACCUGCUCCACUCAAUGCGUCAACGCGUACGUCAACCGCUACAAGGGUGGAUGCUCAUCAACUGGCGAGGGAACUUGCCAAGUGAUGGCUCGUCUUCACAACGGAGGACCAUCAGGAUGCAAGAUUUCUGGCACUGAACAGUACUGGAAUGCUAUCAAGAAAUGCUGCUCAUGCACAUAA